ACUUCUGGCACAUUCAGAUGAGUGAGAGAGCACUGCGAACACAAAGUGCAGCUGUCAUAGCUUUGGAGCUGAACUGAAUAAACAAAUUGAAAGCUGGGCAUAUUUUUGAAAAUAUCACCCUUGUUACCCAGAUAACCAAUAUUGUAGUUCGUUUAACAACUUUCAUGGAUCACGAGUAUUUCUGGAAGUGUUUACAGCAUGAAUUUGGUGAGGUGCAGGUCCACUUACAAAACAUCCUUCGGAUUCAAUGCCUUUGCAAUCAGUCGUUGAAGCUGCUGACGCGGGAAUCGAUAAUGACAAUCGAGAACGACAUGCGUGCUAUGGCGGAUCAUUUGGUGGAAAAGUGUGCCAAGUCAACAGGAAAUAAGGUACCACUAAUUCGAGACAUCUAUGGUACACGAUGGGCGACUAAACCGAAAGAGUUUCGAUUUUUGGAGGGUGAGAUAUUGUGCUUGUUAGGGCUGGCAGAACAUGUAAAGAUGAGGGGUGUAGAUUCAUUUCUGAAGUUUACAAAGUCUCACGUGGCUCAAGGCAGUGUUAUGACUAUGCACAAGUCCGUUGUUCUUGACCAGACACUAGCCGAAACAUACGUUUUCAACUUGGUACAAAAACUCAAAAGCGUUUAUUUGGCACAGCAGAUUCAAGAUCCCGAAUUCGACCGGUUUAUAGAGAAGCUAGACCAUUUGGACGUACAGUGGCUUCCAACGUCGGAUAAGGACAAUAAUUUACGAGCAGCCGUUGCGUGCCCAAUUUGCGCCUCGGAGGGAAACGAACGGAGGAUUACAUUGAAGGUAGACGGCAAUGGUCGGUGGCACGUUUGGAGUUUCACACGGCACUGUGAUACCUUCCACUAUGCGUUGCCUCGUGUUGCCAAGCGGAAGCAGUUUGAAGGGGAUGAAAUGGACGACGUGAUGGACGAUAGCGUUUCAGAUUCAACCAGCUUGGGAGUGCAGAUUAAGGUUGAAGACGGAGACAACGGUCCACUGGGUUUUCUAAUCACUAGUUAGGAUGAAUGCGAAUUGACUGAUUGAGUCACGGAGGAUUAACGAAAUCUUCUUGAGUACAGGAAACGAUUUUCAUCACCAUAAUUCAGACUUAUUGAAAUAAAUUUAAAUAGACAUUGCAGUAACGAA